AUGUUCAGACUACUGAGUCUUGUUCAAGCAAUUGAGCAAGCAAAGUUAAACACUUGUACUUUCCUCCGUGCAUCACCGGUAUCAUCAGGUGAACUCUCACUCAUGUGUAUGAUUAAAGUGCAUGUACGCAAAUCUGAUUUGCAGGAAAGGCUUUAUGAAAUGCCUUGUGGGUCAAUGGAUGAAAGUUUGAAAGGAUCACUGUCUCAGUGUACCAUCAAAUUUAUUACUUUGACAUUGAAGAGUAUACGUGUUCAUUCCCUUCGUGCAUCACCGUAUUACCUGACUCAAAGGUUAUUAAAUGUGUAUAUCUUGAUGUUGGAAAAGCCGAUUGUGUUCUUUACUUACCUUGGGCUGUUGCUCAUCAGGGUUUGGGAAACACGCUGUAUGCUCAGACUAUUGCAGUUAAACUGUGGUAUAGCAUCUAGUGCAUUUAGACAUCACCUUGGGUUUUUAACUCAUCCAUCAGGACUCAUGAUGCUCUUUGGAAUAAAACCGUGUUAA